GUAAAGCUGCACUUCUGCCGGAGUGACAGGCUUGUGAUAGUGGACAGGCGCGGAGAGACGGUGGUAGCGGGGGGCAUCGCAUCGCAAUAAGAGGCAGGGUGCGGCUUUUUAGCGUCUUUAAGUGUGCGUGUGAAUGUAUGUGCAUGUUUGAAUGAGCGUGUGUCGAGAAGGUGGAGGGAGCUCAUCGAUAAAGGAGCGCAUCCUCUCUUAUACGGCAUCAUCCAUCUCAGAGGAAGCGUACCGUCAAACGAACACUGGCACAAGCAAUGCCGACGCCGAUCAGCUCCGACCCAUCGCCGGCUUUAGGCGCUACAACUGGGGGCUGAGAGCAGUAUUGAUCCACCUAAAAAUAAAUGAAUUGAUAAAAAAAAAGUAACCAACGCGGAUCGAUGUCAAACAUUCUCCUGUAGCCGCCGCUGUCCCUGAGAGCUGAUCGGGGGAAGGACAAAGGGAUAUAAGUGUCUCAUUUCCGAAAAAAAGGGAGGACAGCUUGAAAGGAACAGGGCUGGGUAUAAAGCAGAAGGAGAUUAGCGGCGCUGUCCCUCCAGCACCACGGCUGUCACCUUGCUGUCACAGAAAGUCACCGGCGGCAAUUAUUCCCGGAUACCGGAUUUAAUCUAAACCAACGGGGCACCUGCAUUUUAUCCGGCUUCGGAGUGGUAUUUUUGUUACGGGGCUCCCCAUCGCUUUAUCGCUGUGAUGCCCGCACCUUGCACAUGAGACAUGCCUAAGGGACGCGAUGGGCCAAGGCGACGACAACGAUCGCAUCGUGAUAAACGUGGGAGGGACGCGGCACCAGACUUACCGCAGCACCCUGCGCACGCUGCCCGGCACCCGGCUCGCCUGGCUCGCCGAACCCGACGCCCACAGCCACUUUGACUAUGACCCCAAGGUGGAUGAGUUCUUCUUCGACCGGCACCCGGGCGUUUUUGCGCACAUCCUCAACUACUACCGGACCGGCAAGCUGCACUGCCCGGCCGAUGUAUGCGGACCACUAUACGAGGAGGAGUUGGCGUUUUGGGGCAUCGACGAGACGGACGUGGAGCCAUGCUGCUGGAUGACUUACCGGCAGCACCGAGACGCCGAGGAGGCGCUGGACAGCUUUGGCGGAGGGGCCCCCGACAUAUGCAACGACGAGGGGGACGCAGACGGCAUGGGGGAUCCAGGGGAUGGCGACGAGGAGCUGGAGAUGACCAGACGGCUGGCGUUGGGGGACUCGCCCGACGCCAGGUCCAUGGGACUGUGGCGGCGUUGGCAGCGGCGCGUGUGGGCGCUCUUUGAAGACCCUUACUCCUCCAAAUAUGCAAGGUGGGUGGCCUUUGUGUCACUCUUCUUCAUCCUGGUGUCCAUCACUACCUUCUGCCUGGAGACGCACGAGGCCUUCAAUCCCAUUAUCAACCGCACGGACGAGAUAGAAGUGGACAACGUGACGCUGCAGCGCGUGUACCUGGAGACAGAGACUGUCGUCUACCUCACCUACAUCGAGGGCGUGUGUGUGGUGUGGUUCACCUUUGAGUUCCUCAUGCGCGUGACUUUCUGUCCAGACAAGCUGGAGUUCAUCCGGAACACCCUGAACAUCAUUGACUUUGUGGCCAUCUUGCCCUUCUACCUGGAGGUAGGCCUGAGUGGCUUGUCUGACAAAGCGGCCAAGGACGUGCUGGGCUUCCUGCGGGUGGUCCGCUUCGUGCGGAUCCUGCGGAUCUUCAAGUUGACCCGUCACUUCGUGGGGCUGCGGGUUCUGGGCCACACGCUCCGGGCCAGCACCAACGAGUUCCUUCUGCUCAUCAUCUUCCUAGCACUGGGCGUGCUGAUCUUCGCCACCAUGAUCUACUACGCCGAGCGCAUCGGCGCCAAACCCAAUGACCCGCGGGCCAGUGAACACACGCACUUCAAGAACAUCCCCAUUGGGUUCUGGUGGGCCGUGGUGACCAUGACCACCCUGGGCUACGGGGACAUGUAUCCGCAGACCUGGUCAGGUAUGCUGGUGGGGGCACUGUGUGCCCUGGCUGGGGUGCUGACCAUCGCCAUGCCUGUACCCGUCAUCGUCAACAACUUUGGGAUGUACUAUUCCUUAGCAAUGGCCAAGCAGAAGCUACCAAAGAAAAAGAACAAGCAUAUUCCCAGAGCCCCACAGCCCGGUUCCCCCAAUUUCUGUAAGUCGGGCAUAAACUCGCCCCACCACAGCACGCAGAGUGACACCUGCCCCCUGGCACAGGAAGAAAUGUUAGAAAUGAACAGAGCAGAUCCCAAAGUGAAUGGCGAGGCAGCUAAAGCGGCGCUGGCCAACGAAGACUGUCCUCAUAUAGACCAGGCCAUGUCGCCUGAGGACGGCCGGGUCAUUAGCCCAUCCGACAGAAGCGAGCAGCCGUGCUUCCUCCUAACCGCGGCCAAGCGGCCCAGCCACGCGGGGGGACAAGUGAGGAAGGCCCCGCCCUCCCUGGGGCGGACCUUGGGAGAGGCUCCGCCCCCUCUCAGCUCCCAGCUGUACCCUCUGCUGCAGCUAAAGUGGGUGCACUGCCAAGAGGACAGUUGUGCUAAGCUAACACAUUGAGGCCCUGCCCACACCACAAUGACAUCCAAUCGUCUGGCACCGAAGGCCAUUCCACCUAGCAAUGAGACUCCGUGCACCUGGCACUGAGACCCCACCCGCAUUCAGCGUGUCGCCAGUCACUCAGCCCCUCCCACUGGAGACAAUUAAAGGGCCAUGCAAGAUUAGUUUAGAUGAUAAGGCUGAGGCAAUCCCUCAGCACAGGGUGUGGGUCAGAGGUGAGACAAAGCAAGAUGGAUGAUGCUCAGUAACCUUUAAACUGGGCUCCACUAAGGAGAGUUAAUGGGAACCCAUCCUGACGAGGAAGCCCUGGCCCGCUCACAGCCAGUCCUCCCAUGGCAGAGUGGAGGUAGGAGGCUUGUCCCCCCCCCCGACACAGACCAUGUCCCCUGCCCCUGCGGCCGCCUCAUCCUGGCUCAGGACUCAACCAGAAAUGCAGAUUCCAUGAGAUCCCCAAUAAAAAUCUGGGUUUAUCAUUCAUGCCAAGUACCUUCCUCAACUAGGGACACCACAGCUGUGGAAAGAAAGCACUUAAAUGCUGAUAUAGAGAGGAUACAAGUGGCCUUAGUCUUUUUGUCAACUUGACUGCAGUAAACAGGCUUCUGGAACUCUUCAUUCAAACUGAGCAUGCUCCAGGUUCAAGCUCUUUAUGCAACAAAAUGCUUCCAUCCCUGUUUGCUAGCUUAGGCUCAAACACAACCACCGCACAGUUUCCUAGCUCAUCAUCGCUGUCAAACUACAUUAGCCAUAAUUCAGCACUCAUGCCGCACAUGCUCAGUUGUACGAAUGAAAGUCCCAGCAAUUCUGGAGCAGGAAUAAAUGCCACUGGUCUUCAUUUAGUUCAGUUGAUAUUUACAUUUGCUAUUAAGCAGUUCUUUGACUGAAAUUUCAAAAAUAUUUACAACAUUCACAGUUAUGACCUAGAUUCAAUACUAUGAGAGGGAAAAAAAUUUAAGUUCAGGUGUUCAAGUGAAACAUGAUUUGAUGUCUCUGUCCAUACAUAUGUGUUUGCGGUGUGAGUAUCAGUCUGUGAGCGUUUGCCUGAUGUUUGGUGUGUGCAUGUCCUCAGACUGUCCGUGGUCUGCAUGCAUUCUGUCCCGCUCACGGCUGGUGUCAUAGUGGUGAUGGAAGUGGUCACCCAAUCAUGUCACAUACUAAAGUUUUUUGUCCAGUUGACUGCCGCCCACUCGUGCUGGCGGGGCAUGCUGGACAGACCUAGAUGGCAGCUCUGUGCACACAGUUUCAAGAUUUAGUUGGAUAUUUCGUCAAAAUUUGACUCGGCUCAGGGUGAGAUGUACUCCAGGAAUUUCACCCUCAUCGGCCAUAAAGAUGUGUCAUGUAACAGGAAACACGCUAAAGGCCCUCACCAAAGUGUGGAGCCACCUGCUGCCAGUGGUAUUCACCCUCAGGACCAUCGUCAGCCCACUGCAGGCCCUCUGUGACCCCCGACACCAGCCCUCCCCCGCGCCCCCGCAUGCCGGGGUCCUGGUUGCGCGCAGUGCAUGCAGGAUGCAGCUGUUGAACAGGCUGCUCUGUUUUUUAUCAGACUGUAAUUGAACAGAUGAGAGGAGAUACCAGAAAUGAGAAGCACACCUACUGUCACAUUGACGCUGUGCGAGGAGCCGUCACUGCAUUGCUGGUGAGGGCUGAAACACGCCCAGAUUGUCACCGGCGCUGGUGACGCCGUCCUACAGCCCAUCCUGGAGGUUCUCUCGCACCCACAUCUACCCCCACCAGCUGCCCUCGCCUACAAUGUUUGUUUCAUUCUCGAUCUGUUCCCUUUAGAUUUCCACCCCCUCCCUUAGCAUCUCCCAGCCCUGAUACCCUCAUUUGUUUUACAUGUCGCCAAACAAACAAGACAAUUAAAAACAACAUAACAGGCCACACGUGUAUGCAUCUGGGGAGGCCACGUUGGAGGGGACAGCCCAGGUCAGGGGCCUGUCAGAAGGUGCAGCCCCUGCAGGCCCGCCCCCCCCAGGCAGUGCUUCCCACGCAGUUUGGUUCUGCGCUGAAAGCAGUUUUGUCAGAGCCAGCAAAUAUCAAACUUGUAAUCCAGAGCACCGAAGAGCAGCUGUGUCAGGAAGCUGACGUUCCUGGGGCUGUGAUGUGCUGCUGGGUCUUACUCCAUAGUGUUUAGCUAUAAAUCCUCGUGCCCUGUUCAUUUCCAUCACAAAUACACAUUUUACAUCUUCUUUAACACACAUGUGCACCACCUGACAGAUCACACUAAGGCCCCUCCUCCCCCAAGCAGGAAUGGAGCCCUCUUAAUUAUCCCCCCC